CGGCUGAGUUCAGUCUGAACACUCAGAUGUUGCUGCUGUCUAAAAGAACUCUGUGGCUGUCUGAUGGAUCCAUGGGCUUCGGACAGGAGAGCGACACAGCCUUCUCACAAGGGGAUAUGAUCUAUGGCAGAGUGAUGGUGGAUCCAGUCCAGAACCUGGGAGAUUCCUUUAUCUGUAACAUAGAGAAGGUGUUCCUGUGCACCGGCGCGGAUGGAUACGUGCCCAAGUACAACCCCAACAACAAUGAGUAUGGCUGUCUGGCUGAUGCUCCCUCGCUGCUCUACAGAUUCAAGAUCAUCGAUAAGGCCCAGCCAGAGACCCAGGCCAGGUUGUUUGGUAACGUGGGGUUCAGGGCUCUGCUGGCUGUAGACGACCCUCAGGCCCUGGCCCUGGUCAGACAGCCUGGAUCUGACGGCUUCAGCAUGGACUCUACAGCACUGUUCCAGGUGUCAGCAGGGAGAGAGUGGUUCAUCCACACCAUCUACACUGUCCGCUCCAGAGAGAACGCCAACAGGGGCAUCGGGAAGAGAAGUCUGGAGUACCACACACUCAUCCAGCACAGCAGUAUGGCUGCAGGAGGCCACUCCCUGACCCAACACAGCAGCAUGGACAGAGAAACCCAGCGUCAAACUAUGGCUGCAGGAGGACUGUCACUGUCCCAGUCCCAAUCUCGCUCCAAGCGGUCAGCAAACGGGGUGCCAGACCUAACAGAGGACAUCGGCCUGGACAACAACCGUGGCACCAACAUUCUCCAUAUCUCCCUGGACCUCAGCCGCCAGCGCCGCACCAGCCCUGACCGGGAGGUCCUCACUCGGGGUGUGGUGCCCAGGGAGCUGAACCAUCCUGUGGAGAGCGAGGACAGCCUGGUCUUGAUCAUAGGGAUCCUGGUGGGCCUCCUCCUCACCAUCCUCAUCAUCAUCGUCAUAGUGCUAACCGUACGGUCCAGACAGGAAAAGAAGAAGAUGGAGGUUCCCACGGCAACGUCAUGCUCCACUGAGCCCAUGAUGACAUCAGGGUUCACUAGCGGUGGCUUGGACAGCUCAGAGGUCUGAUAGACAGACAGACUUCGACAUGACCACUGAGACAGACAGACUGACUGACAGAUAGACAUUCACCACAGAAAA